AUGAAACACAUGCUCAUUAAAGUUGACGGAAAGGAACUGACAAAAGCCGACAUUGGGAUCGUACGAGAAUGCUGCAGUAAGUUUGAUAACUUUGAAAUGGUACCAAAGAUGGAGAACUGGAAAGAUCACGUCGAUAUCGACAAAAUGUUGAAAAAGGCCAUCGAUGAGUGCCUUGCCAACGGAAACGUUUCCGAGGAAACCUGGAGGAGUCUUAGCAGUCAGCCCAGAGUCAGGGAAAUUGUGACGUGCCUGAAGAAAGACUACUGGCGUCCGGUAGUGUCGCAACGAGUGCAAGUUCUGAGGCAGAUUGCCAAUCCCAGCAACCCUGCCCAAAACCUAUGGGAUAUCUGA